AUAAGGCCAGACCCCAGGCCUGACGGUUGCUCAAUCUCCAGGAGCCCAGUUCCUGUGGGCAGCGCCUGACCCUCGCUUUUCUGCACUUCAAGGGAAAGAGCAGAUCUUGCACAAGGCACUCCGUGUCUGCCCCGGGCUGGAGAUGGGUGGUAUGGAGCCCCUCCGGCUGCUCGCCCUGCUCUUUGUCACAGCGCUGUCCAGAGCCCACAACGCCACGGUGCUGCGGGGCGUGGAGGGCCAGUCGCUGCGGGUCUCCUGCCCCUACGACGCCGCGCAGCACUGGGGCCGCCGCAAGGCCUGGUGUCGCCAGCGGGGCGCGGGCGGCCCGUGCCAGCGCGUGGUCAGCACGCACGGCCUCUGGCUGCUGGCGUUCCUGAAGCAGCAGAACGGGAGCACGGCCAUCAGGGACGACGCCCUGGCCGGGCGCCUCACCGUGACCCUGCGGAACCUGCGAGCCGGCGACGCGGGGCUCUACCGGUGCCAGAGCCUCGGGGCCCGCGAGGCGCACACGCUGCAGCAGGUGCUGGUGGAGGUGCUGCCCGACCCCCUGGAGCCCCAACAUGCUGGAGACUUCUGGGUCCCUGAGGGGUCAGAGAGCUUCGAAGGUGUCCAAGUAGAGCACAGCAUCUCCAGGAGCCAGCCGGGAGAGACCCCCUUCCCGCCCAUGUCCCUCCUCCUCCUUCUGGCCUGCAUCUUGUUCUGCAAACUCCUUGCAGCCAGCGCCCUGCUGGCCGUGGCCUGGCGUGGACAGAAGCGGGAGACACAUCCGGCCAUGGAGCGGGACUGUGGCCCCGAGCCGGGGCUUCGGCUCCAGACGCUGACAGAUCCCUUUGGGAGACCCUGA